AUGUUUCGGAUUUAUGGCAUUUUAAAUGGAGGCAGUGAAGGCAAAUCAAAUAUUGGUGAAUGGGAAAAGACGCAACAACGUCGCUUGCUUCGGCGUAGGAAGAUUCGUCCAUAUUUGGCUUUGGGUGGUAUGACAAAAGAUAUUGGGUGUGGGGAACGUGGUCGAAAUAUGAAGAAUAGCGAUACUGACGACGAAAUUGAUACAGUACCACCUCUUGAUGAAAUGUUGGAUGACAAGGACAUUUCUCACUCAAGAAUGCUUAUUCUGAAAGCCUUGACACCACGAGCACAUCAUGAUGAACAAAUGGAUACUUCUGAUCAAAAUGGAGCGUCGUCCGACCCAGGAUCACCUGUCUCCGGCGAUGCGGAAGAAGAUGAUCCAUACAAGUCAGAGGCGACACUGCAUUUGGACAUCGAUCAUUUUAGUGAAUUUACGCGUGGCCCCCCUGAAACACAUCAGCGGCUGAGUAGGCCGGUUUACGUGAGAGGUUUACCGUGGAGAAUUCUUGCUAUGCCUCGCGAGCAGAACCGCGUUAAUAUGGAACGAAGGGGGAAUGCGCGUGCAUUUGGUUUUUUUCUUCAAUGUAACGGUGAGGCAGAAGCGAUCUCGUGGUCAUGCACAGCUAGUGCUGUGCUUACUGUACUGGCACAGAAGCCUGGUGUCGAGAAUCACGUAAGGCGUAUCAAUCACACUUUCUAUCAAAAGGAAAAUGAUUGGGGAUAUUCACAGUUUUUGCCGUGCGAGACACUGCUUAAUCCGGAUAAUGGAUACAUCAAGGAUGAUACGAUCAAACUGGAAGUAACGGUUAUGGCAGAUGCACCGCAUGGUGUACAAUGGGACAGCAAGAAGCAUGCUGGCUUCAUCGGCUUGAAGAAUCAAGGUGCAACUUGCUAUAUGAAUUCCAUUUUGCAAACGUUUUUCUUUACCAACAUGCUACGAAAGGCUGUCUAUCAAAUGCCAACCGAGAACGACGAUCCCGACACAUCAGUGGCACUUGCAAUGCAGCGCGUAUUUUAUGAGUUGCAAAAAUCUGAUAAGCCGGUGGGAACGAAGAAAUUAACGAAAUCGUUCGGUUGGGAUAGUGUUGAGUCGUUUCAUCAACACGACGUGCAAGAGUUGUGCAGAGUACUGCUCGAUAAUCUCGAGAACAAAAUGGCUGGCACUAAGGUAAAGAAUACGAUUCCAUCACUCUUCGAGGGCAAAAUGAAAUCUUAUGUUAGAUGUAAGAAUGUUUCUUUCGAAUCGAAUCGUGAGGAAUCUUUCUAUGACUUGCAGUUGAAUAUCAAAGGAAAAACCAACGUGAUGGAAUCGUUUUACGACUACACGGCAACUGAAACGCUUGAUGGAGAUAAUAAGUACGAUGCGGGUGAAUUCGGCUUGCAGCCUGCUGAAAAGGGUGUCAAGUUCAUCUCGUUUCCUCCAGUUCUUCAUCUGCAACUGAUGCGCUUUCAAUAUGAUGCCCAACAAGAUGCGAACGUCAAAAUUAAUGACAAAUUCGAAUUUCCUGCAUUGUUGAAUCUUAACAAGUUCGUCGAAGACGGUGAUACCAAAGAACCGAUUGAUUUUGUUUUACACGCGGUGCUUGUACAUUCAGGUGAUUUCCAUGGUGGCCACUAUGUGGUUUUCAUCAAUACCAAUAUGAAUGGUCCAGCUAAGUGGUGCAAAUUUGAUGACGAUGUUGUAUCUCGUGCAUCCGUUCGUGAUGCAAUCGAUUCGAAUUAUGGUGGUGAUGAUCCAGAAUUACCUGGAAAAUCAUUCACCAACGCUUAUAUGCUCGUCUAUGUUCAGAAAAGUCGAUUGAAUGAGGUACUAUGUCCAGUCACUGAAGAAGAUAUUCCUCGUCAUCUACGUACUCGAUUUGAUGAUGAAAAAUCUGCGGAUGCAAAGAAGAAAAAAGAAAAAAUGGAAGCGCAUUUGUUCACUGAAGUUAUUGUGAUAUUGGAGGAGUACAUGUAUGAUUAUAAUGGUUUUGAUUUAUUCGAUCCGAAGAUACUCGAUGACGUUCAACAUCUGAAAGUGGAAAAGAAAAUGACGAUCGAUCAACUGUAUUCACUGUUCGCGAGGGAGUUUCAUGUAGAUGAGAAUGCAUUUCGAUUGUGGUUAGUGCAAGACAACACGGUUCGUGAUGAACGCAGCAAUGCACCGCCGCUCAAUCGAUUGCGUCCGUCGAUGCUACUGAAGCGAGACCAUGAUCGAGUGGAUCGAGAUACUAAUGAUCGGGUGGAUGCGGUCCUCGACUCUGAUCGCAACAUCAUCUUCAUGGAAGUCGCACCUGAUAAUGGUGGUUCUGCCAGAAGCUUACCUGCUUACAAUGAAGCGCAUGAUAUGAUGUUUUUCUUGAAAUAUUAUGACGCUGAUCAACGACAGACGUUCUUUAGUGGCCAUAUAAUGAUCAACUGUAAAUCAACAAUUCGUGCGCACGUACCUCAGAUCCUCGAUAGGGUACGUCUUCCGCUAGGAACUGAACUGAAAUUUUACGAGGAGAUUGCACCAGAAAAGAUGCGUCCACUGGCGAUUGACGACGUAUUGUCACAAGAUCAUGCACUUGUCGAAGUAGUUGAUGGUGCAAUAUUGGUGUUCGAAAGAGCUGAUAAGUCAACUCUUGAAAACAACGCGCACCUAUAUCAUAUGCAGAAAUACAAUACGAUGCUUGUUGAGGCUGUUCAAAACCCAGACGGCUUUGGCACACCAUUGACUGAACGCUUCUCACCUGUAUUAGGCGAAAUCAGCCAGACAUGGACGAUGGACCAUGUGAUGAAGUGGAUUGCAAACAACAUCGGGUGUUCUUCUGAUAGAAUUCUCCUGUGGAAGGUAAGUCAGUAUAAUGAGAAACCUACGAACAAUCAUGUGAGCGAUCAUGAAAUGCGUGUUUGUGCGGUGAAAGAUUUGUUGGGCUUGACCGGACCGAAUCGUCACGAUCCACGUCGUCAGAAACGAUAUCGCAUUUAUUACACCAAAAUGCCGAUUCCGGUCUCGGAUUUGGAACGACGCUACAAGAUGCGUCUUCAGUGCAUGGAUGAUAAGAUGCAAAUUUAUGAAAUAACUGUAUUUCCACCAAAGAAUGGUAACGUGCAGUCGAUUCUAAGUGAGGCGCAACGAGAAUUUCGAUUCUCACCUAAUGGAACCAAAGCUUUGAGGCUAGUCUAUACCGGUCAAGUUUCGCAUGCUUUGCGAGUUUAUCAGGUCUUUUCGAACGAGUCUGCAAUGGAAGUGUAUCAAAAGAUCGGGAAUUCAACGUAUGCGGCGAGAUUGGAAGAAAUUCCGGAAGAUGAAAUGACAAUUCGAAGUGGUGAGCAUCUUUUGCCAGUUGCGCACUUUGACAAGGACCCGUCCCGUAUGUUCGGUGUACCGUUCUAUAUUAAAGUGACGAAUGGUGAAACGCUCGAAAGUGUCAGUGAGCGAAUCAGGAAAAAAUUGGACGUAAGCGAGAAGGAAUUCGAAAAGUACAAAUUCGCUAUUAUUGUCAACAACCGUGUCAGCAAAUAUCUCGAUAAAGAGAACGUCGUCAACCUAAAUGAACUUGCGCAGGCACAUUUCACUGGCUUGAUGUCAGCACCGUGGCUCGGGUUGGAUCAUAUGAAUAAGAGUCGUGGCACACGAGGUUCGCACACCACUGAAAAGGCGAUAGUUAUCCACAAUUAA